AUGAAGAGGACCGUGAGUCUGGUCGACUACGCUAGCUCUGACUCCGAGCAAGAUGAGCCCACGACACAACCGCCACCAGCGAAAGGCAGCAGCCCACCGCCAACAAAAAAGCCAAGGAAGCUUCCUGCUCUUUCAGCAGCCCUGCUACCCCAGGUGCCUGUAGACAACCCCGCCUUGCACCAAGGGCGUAAACGCACCGCUGCCCACGUCGAGGGCCAGUGGGCAGCCCACGUCUACGUCCCGCUCGUCGUCAACCGCCGCUCAAAGCUCUUUAAGCUGCUCGUCCGAAUAUACUCGUCCGCCAAGCAGCUCGUGCCUUCCCUCCACCCCAUCGGGCUCACCGAUGCCGACCUCUCGCCCCCGUCGUCCGCGGGUCCCGAGCCCCCCGACAACACAAUAGAACUGCACAUCUCCCUCACACGGCCUACGUACCUCCGCGCGCACCAGCGCGACGAGUUCAAGCGCGCGGUGCACGCCCUCGCCCGGACGAGAGCGAGUUUCCCGGCGUCAUUCGCCGCCGUCUCCGAGCUGACGAACGACGAGCGGACACGGACCUUUCUCGCCCUCGAGCUCGGCGCCGGGCACGACGAGCUUCGCGGCCUCUCGGACGGACUGAAGCCUACACUGCAGUCGCUCAGACAGCACGAGUUCUACGAAAAGCCACGGUUCCACGCGUCCAUCGCGUGGGCGCUCCUCGACGGCUCCUCGCCGCCAGGAGAUGGCCAGUGCUCGGAGGACGUCGAUGCUCAGAACUGCGACUUCGUCACCAUCCCCUCCUUCCCGCCAUCGCUCGUCCCGCAGCUUCAGAGAGAGUUCUGUGGUGAGCUGGUCAAACCAGGGGUGGGCACCUUUGAGGCCGACGAGCUGCACGUUCGUAUAGGCAAAGAGGUCACCAAGUGGAAACUACAGUAG